AUGGAAUUUAACAUAGAUAACUAUAAGUUCAACAAUGCAAAAACUCUGGACAAAAGUACGCUGGCCUACUCUCCUAAGUUUGGCAAGGGGAUCAACGAGACCAUCUCCAGCGUACACAUCCCUGUGGAGAUAUACUAUGGAGAUAAAGAUAUCCUGAAUGGCCUGAAGUGGACAGAGGGACUGGACGACGUAUGGAAGCAAAAUGCAGAGGAUGAUCCAAAUCUUCUGUGGCAAUACUUUGGAGGGCAGAAAGGGUUUUUACGUUCUUACCCAGCCAAUGCAUGGACUGAAGCCAAGCCUGAUCUGUAUGAUGUCAGACGUCGUCCUUGGUACACACAGGGGUCAAGUUCACCCAAAAAUAUGAUGAUAUUAGUAGACACGAGUGGAAGUACUACAGGGGAAGCUCUGCAGCUGAUGAAGGAAACUGUAAAACAGUUGCUGGAAACACUGGGGGAGAACGACUUUGUGGCAGUUGCAAAUUACUCCAAAACUGAAGAAAUCCAAGACACUGUGCGGUACGUGUCAGAAUGUUUCCAGGGCUUUGUCCAGGCCACACACAGGAACAAACAAGUCCUGAAAGAGGCGGUGAUGGAUCUUCAGGCCUCUGGGAUGGCAAAAUGGGAGGACGCUCUGGAAUUUGCUUUCAAAGCUUUCAAAGAGUUUGAACAAGAUGAGAAAAACAGCAGCAUGAAUAAUGUUGGAGCAGACUGUAAUCGAAUCAUCAUGGUAUUGACAGAUGGAGCCACUGCCAAAGACGAAGCAGCCACUGUGUUGAACAGAGAAAAUCCUGACAAGCAGAUUCGCAUAUUUACUUAUGCCAUUGGUAAGACAGCUGCUGCCAUAGAGGCUGUCAGGUGGCUGGCCUGUAAGAACAGAGGAUAUUUCUCAAAGAUACCAGCAAUGGGAGCCAUCAGAACCACAGUACAGGAGUUUUUCACUGUUUUGAAUCGUCCACUGGCACUGGCAUACAAACAGUUUUCGGGAUGGACCAGUGUUUAUGAAGAUGCUUUGGGUCUAGGGAUGAUGAUAACACUGACAUUACCAGUAUACAACAGAAGCACGGACUCAAAUAACCAGACCAUCCUUGGUGUAAUGGGUGUGGAUGUGACCACUGCAGAAAUGGAGAACAGCACUCCAUGGCAGAAGCUGGGUCCAAAUGGCUAUGCUUUUGCUAUGAAUUGGAAUGGCUAUACAGUCUUUCAUCCAAACCUCAAGGCGCAGCUUGGUUACUUGAAAGAUCCUCCCAAUGUGGACUUCCUGGAAGUUGAACAUGAGAACCCUGCAAAGAUUGAGCUGAGAAAGAUGAUGAUCAACAACCUGACAGGGAAUGCAAACAUAGAAACAUUUGUCAUUUCUAAAGAUUUGAGGUACGCCAGUGAGAAAAACAGGCUAUAUUUCUACACGGGGAUCCCCAACAGUACCUUCAGCCUGGGGCUGGUCAUGCCAGAUUACUCCAUAGUUUAUCCUGAGGUCACAGGAUAUCAAGCUAAGCAAUUAUUGGAGCCAAUUGUUGCUGAUGCAGACCAAAUGCAGCAGGGAGUUCAUGCCCCUUUAUGGAUUUGUAACUCAAAGGACAUUGUUGUUGACAAUUAUAACAAUACCAAUGACACGGAGACCUUUCCUCCAAACCCAGUCAGGGACAUGGUGAAUGGGAGCAGUUCUUGCAACGACCAUCUUGUCCAGCACUUCCUGUGGGACUACGUGACAACCCAGAAUGUCACUGAACAUUGGAAGGCCUUGUCUCAGGCAUACAAGUCUGCCACAGAGGUUGUCUUUGUUUCCACAAACAGUGGACUGACCAGGCUUUAUCCUCAUAAUAUGACAGAACAGCUUCUGAAUAUGGCCAACCCUCGUGAGAACCAGGAAUACAAGAGGGCAAUUGAUGAGGACCAUGUGCUUUUCUCAGCGCCUUACAAAGCUGUAAAGGACAAUGACCCCAACACCACUGGUCCAGUGGUCAGUGUCAUGAAGUCCAUUAGCAUGACGGAAAAGGGUGGCAAUACAUAUAAACCAGCAGUGGUUGGAGCCAAGAUGCACCAGACAUACUUGACUGAAUUGAUGAACAAUACCAGCCAAGGACAGUGCUCUGAUCUCUCUUUGACCCUCUUCUGUUAUCUCAUUGAUGAUGGAGCAUUCAUUGUGUCAACCAAUCAGGAAAAAGAUGAGAUUGGACGCUUUUUUGGUGCAACAGAGCCGGCCCUGAUGAUGGAACUCUAUAAUGGAUCUAGUCCUGUUUAUAACAGGGUACAGAACUAUGACUGGCAGGGUGUAUGUAAACAGCUGCAACUCAAAACAAGUGCUGGACCAAGAUCGUUCUUCAUUCCCAGCAUUCCAGUGUUUGAAAUGCUGACAGUGAAAUGGUGGACAAGCAGUGUGAUGUGGGCAUACUCAAAUUUCAACUUGUACAAUUGGAUAUUUGAAUCAGCAAAGAGUUUUGCAUAUGCCCAACAAGACCCAGGAGAUGGUGGCAGCGAGAAGAAUGAGAGUUGCGUUACGGAGCAAGUUCAAUACUACUUCACAGAUGUCACAUCACUUUAUUCUGAACUUGUCUGUGAAAACUGCACAAGGCAGUACUCUGUGGAAAAGAUUACUGGCACCAAUCUUCUGCUUGUGGUAGCAGAGCCCCCUUGUGGACCAGAAUGUGACCCCCUGUCUCCAGAACCCAAGAGAGGCCCAUAUGACACACGUGAAGACCCAGACGUUCCAGCAGGUGGUCCUGGUGUGUGUGAAGCAUCGCGGUCACCAAGGUAUCGCCUGCGCCCACAGGGUUGCUAUGACUUCGAUGAUAGGGAGGAAUAUGACAAGUGCCGAGGCUGCGGAUUGAUGGCUCCCAGCAUCCUCUUCAUCCUUUCGAUACAGCUUGCCGUGUCCUUGCUUGGUAGGGUACUUCAACAAGGCUGAGGUCUGUAAGGAUGCCCUGUGAUGGAGGCAUGUAAGGAAAUCAGGAAUUGGGAAUCGUCAAUGCUGUGGUCUGGAUGUAGAGAAAAGAGGAGAUGAAAAUAACCAAAUAUGUGUACCAGUAAGGCAUUUUGAUUGAGUUCUUCGCAAAGACGUGAAACUUUUGAUAAAUUUUUGUCUUUAUUAACAAACCCCACCACAAAAUGUGCACCAGUAUUGUGCUGUUCCCUAGUUCUAAUAGAACACCAGAGGGCUACACAUACACCAUUAAAAAACACCAAAUGGCAGCCUUUUUCUCAAUUACGGAACAGUAGGUAUCACCACAGUGGAGAAAGGAAUUUUAACACUAGAUGUCACUAUAUGUAAUUUUGUCUUCUCACCACAUUCCCUUCUGUCAUUUCUGACAGUGAUAAUGCCUGAUGUUGUAAUGAUAAAAAGUUAAUGAUAGAAAAACUAAUAUAUCAAAUUCUAAUGCCAGAAAGCCCAAAACUAAUCGAAAAAUUGUUUACAAAGUCAUCAUUCAAGUUAUCCAGGAUUUAAAUAUAUAAGAUGUGUUGUGAGUUAUCUUUUUGUUUUCUUUACAUUGUACUCAGAUUAAUUAGACUUGUGGGAAUAUCAAGCAAACCUACAUUGGGUGCCUAUUUUAAUGAAUGGUAUAAUAUUGAGUAUUAUUAGUAUACUUUCUAAAGAAAAUUGAAUAUCCUCUUGGAAAAGUGAAGACAUGCUGUUUAUAUGGUCACUGUGAUGGUUGUAAUGUUGUAUCAGCAGUCUUUUUCUCAAACAUAGUGUUUGUACAUGUAGAACAUAUUUUCACCAUAAAUAUGUCAUAUUUUUAUACAUUUAGGCAUAGGAAAGUAUACCAUUUUUACAUAGAAAUACACUGUCUGUUGUGGUCACAAAUAUGAAAGAUCUGUAUGUUAUUUAUCUUAUUUGUCUUAACACAAUUAGCCAUUUACUUGAUAAAUUUUUUUAUGACUUUAAUUUUGGCAUUGAGCUCUAACAGUGGUCCCAGUUUACCUUCAUGUAUUAUAAUGCAUUGUGAUCUAAUUGAUUGGUUUAUAUAGCUAAUUUUUGAAUGUCUAUUAUGCUGUGUAUUUGAUUUUAUAUAUAAGUAAUGGAAUUGCAUUUCUAGUAUGGCACAAAACCAGAUUACUGUACAAGGUCAGAUCCAAACACCCCACCCACCUCAACCAACACACACACACACACACGCACACACACACACACACACACCUGAUAUCAUUGUCUUUUCACAUGACUUUUGUACAGUAAAUUUAACUCUUUUACCUAAAAUAUUAACAUUUUAAGUUAUUUUUUCUUUCAUUUAGUGAUUAUUUCAGGAUUGGUCAAUAUAAUAUAUUAUAUUAGUGAAAUUUGUGAAUUGGAAGGCUAACAUAAUUGUCAUUUGAGACAGUAGUUUAAACUGCUGUAUACAUAUUUUUCGAUCAAGAACUAAGUUGUAGCUUAAACUUAGUUAACUGAUCAUAAUGUAUCGCAUCUCUUGGUGGGACAGAAAAAAAAAUGAUAAAGCUACAGAAUCUCAAGUCAUCUGUGAAGAAAAAAAUUCUUUAAUAA